GGUGAAAACAGGGCGCCUGGGGCGAUUUGAUCAAGGUUCGUGAAAUUCAGUGACGUUUGGCAUGAAGAAGGCCCACGAAGGGGGAGAAGUUCUAAAUGUCACGUGACUAAUAUGCCCUCCGGCGCCCUGUUUUCACUGGCGUCCAUUAUAAUCCUAGUUCUGGUGCUUGUGCUCUUUUUUGUCAUCAAUAAUCCAUGUGAUGUUUUGAAGAUUUUUUUAAUAAAAUUUCAUUAUAUAUUAUGUAUUUUUGCAUGUAUUGCAUUGCAGUAGAAAAUUGUUUGAAAGGUGGUACCCAUUAAAAAUGCAUAAUGCAUUGGUACCUGGGUUAUCAUUUUUAUUACCUACACAAUUACCGGGGUUACAUGAGCAAGUAAAUGCGUAUCAGGAACGGAUUUUCCUAUUCGCUCACCAUUGUAGUCCGUUUGUAAUGCGUAUUAACUCUGUUCAUGUAACCCCGAGCAAUGUCAAAAUUAUUUACCAUAUUACCACAGCUUGAAUGUCAGGUGACACUUGAAGGGAAGAGGUAAACAUGUCAAUAGAUUAGCUGAUAUGUUGAGCAUUGCUAUUGGUGAAAUCACCCUUUUGCACCAUAGGCUCAAAAUUGAAUGAAACUGAAACCCACGAUAUUGUCACAAACCAUACACCAAUCUGGAAAGUUGUUCAUAUGAUCAUAAUCUUGUACAAUACAAGCAGAGUUAACAAAACCUAAACUAACCUGACCUAACCUUACCUGAUAUUAGUAGAGCAGAUGUCAUUUGAAGGUUUUCCAACCAAGGAAAGGUGAUAUUCACAGACAUGCUUCUUUCUUACCAAACCAAAACAAACCUAACCUUACCUAACUGAACCUACAACCUACAUACAUGAUACAAUCUACAAUCGUUCACCCUACAAACCUAUGACCUACAGACCUACAAAUCUACAACCUACAGGCUACAAACCUACAGUGCCUCUCCUUGGUUGGAAAACCUUCAUGUGACAUCUGCUCUAGUUAUGCCCCUACCUAGCAUAACAUAACCUUACAUUGACUCAAAAGUCAACAUGUGGUUGGAUCAUGGAUGUAACUUUUAAAUGUUUUGUGUAAAAAGUAGCAUAAGUCAUGUGUGCAUUUCUUCAGUUGUUAAAGGCUGCAUGAGGAGGAACUGUCAACUGACCUUGCUAUUCUAUUUGAAUUUGGUAUGGGAAUUUUUUGUUGAUAGUUUAUGCAAUAACCCUGGUUUGUUAAAUGUUUCUCAUGCUGCUGAUAGUGAAGCUGAAACAGCAAUGUCCCUAAGAACCUAUGGAGACAAGCCAGUAAGCUUUCAGCUGGAAGAAGAUGGUGAAUUUUACUGUAUUGGAUCAGAGGUCGGCAAUUAUCUACGUCAUUUCCGUGGAUCUCUCUAUAAGAAGUACCCAGGGCUUUUCCGAAAGUUUAUAAAUGUGGAAGAACGGAAGAAGCUUUUGGAGAUGGGGCUCAGCCAGCACAUCCUCACGUCAAAUGUCUCGCUGCUGCGCGCCUCCGAGGUGGAUGACCUGAUCUCGGGUCGGGACAGCCGGUACCGCGCCUCGGGCGUCCAGAGCGUGCCGGCGCCCGUCGAGCUCGUCCCCUCCGCCAGGGAGACCAAAGGCCCCCGGAAGAGCACGCCCCACAUGCCGACGCUGCCGAGCAGCUCUCACAUGGACCCGGUGCCUCAGUCGACGCCCAUCAACCGGAACCGCGCGUCGGCCAAACGGCGACGCACGUUCCCAUUCUGUUUCGACGACACGGACCCGGAGCUGAUCCACGACAACGCCAUGCAGGAGGAGCAGCUGGUGCCCAUCCGACUCGACAUGGAGAUCGACGGACAGAGGCUGCGGGACAUGUUCACCUGGAACAAGAACGGUCAGUGGACCGGACGGGGUGGGGCGAUUACAGGCGAUCAUAUCGAGGGACAGAGGCUGCGGGACAUGUUCACCUGGAACAAGAACGAGACGCUGAUUACGCCGGAGCAGUUUGCCGAGGUUCUGUGUGACGACCUGGACCUGAACCCGGUCACCUUCGUGCCGGCCAUAGCGCAGAGCAUUCGUCAGCAGCUGGAGGCCAGCAGCGCCGAGUCGAACUGUGGCGACACCACUGAUCAGCGUGUCAUCAUCAAGCUGAACAUCCACGUGGGUAACAUCUCGCUGGUGGACCGGUUCGAGUGGGACGUCUCAGACCCGCUCAACAGCCCCGAGCAGUUCGCGCAGCAGCUGUGUGCAGAGCUCGGCCUGGGAGGGGAGUUUGUCACGGCCAUCUCGUACAGUAUCCGCGGCCAGAUCAGCUGGCACCGCCGGUUCGCGUUCAGCGAGCACAGUCUGACGACCAUCGAGCGGCCGUACCGCCAGCAGCCGGAGGCAGACGGAUGGGCGCCCUUCCUCGAGUCGCUCACCGACGCCGAGAUGGAGAAAAAGAUCCGCGACCAGGACAGGAACACCAGACGUAUGAGGAGACUGGCCAACACGACACCCGGCUGGUAGAUGCACCUACCGUCCCAGUCGAGCCGUGCCACCGAGUCUACCUGACCGUCAGACUCACUGAGGUCUCCACGUGCCUUCCUACCUUACCGUCUGGUGCGUCAGAUGGUCGGUAUCGGAGUCGUGCUCAGAGGUGGGUCACUCUGCGACACCAAGACGGCACCGAAUCACGGUCACAGCCGCCGAGCAACGCUGUGGGGAUCGUCCAGUGACUGGAACUGAGGAAAUCGUGUCGUUUGUGGCUAGGCUUGGGCAAUGGGCAGUGUGCCUUGUUUUUGUUCGGGGAUCUGAAGAAUGUGCCUUGCUGGGUUUCAGGAAAUAUUGAGGACCGUUUUAUGUUAGGGUGGGCUCAGGAAACGUUGUCUUGAUGUUUACGGUCCAGCAGGGAGUGCCUUAUUGGUUUCAGGGCGCUAGAAAGAUGGUAUUUUGGAGUUCAGGGCUUGGAGUAGCGUUCGUUUUAGGGUUCAGGGUUCGGGAAGCCGUGCAGUACUGUGUUGAAGUCUCGGGAGGUCGUGCCUUAUUUGGGUUUGAGUUCGGGAGAGCGCGUUUUAUUGAGUUCAGAAUAUUGGGUGUUUGUAUUGUCAAUGUGCAUCUCAGCUGUGCCUUAUGUAUUUAGUAAGUCAUGCUAUUUAUAUUCAGGGUAGUAGCAAAGUCAAAGAGCAAUUAUCCAAGACAGGGUUAGUUUUUCAGGACGGUUUAAAGGGCAGGGGAUCUAUUCUAUGGAAUAAUUCAGACCAAGGCUGCUCGGAACUAACAAUUAGCAGUGAUGGGGAAGUGUGUCACAACAUCUUGUAGUACAAGUUAUGUAUAUGGAAGAGCAUAUACCACGCCUCGGGCAUUUACAAGUCAAGUCAUUAAUCUAAGUCUUUCGCAUUCAUUUGUGUAGGAAAUGUAUUUACAAUAUUAAGUCAUUUUGUUAUUAACGGAGACCUGUUGGUUCCAAAUAUAUGUUAUCCGCCCUUA